CAGCACCACCUCCGCCCUCGAAAUCAAAAAAAGGUUUUGCCAGAAUAGUCGGUGGCUUCUUGCAAAGAAAGGGAAGCGUGCCCAGUCUUCGACGAGUUCAAGUGGUACAACAGUAAGCUCGCACAACGAACUUGCUAUGUACCAGGGUGUGCCAUGCGAUUACGAUGAAGACGAUGUGGAUUUUGACGUGCUCGGAUGGUGGAAGCGGAACGAACACAUGUUCCCAUGUCUCGGCAUGCUAGCAAGACAAGUGUUAUCCGUUCCGGUAUCAACCGUAGCAGUUGAACGAGAAUUCAGUGCUGGCGGCAACAUUCUAACCGACUUUCGAAGUUGUCUUAGCGCUGAAUCUCUUGAAACACUUGUUUGCAACCAAGAUUGGCUCUUGGCAAGACGUCGAGCUCAAGAGUCUACGUACCAACUCGAAUCGGAGCAUUACAUGAAUGCAACAACAGAUGAAAGUCCGAGUUCUGAAGAAUAAGUUAUAAUUUUUUUUGUUAAUGUAAAUAUGUAAUUAGUUUUUUUAGGUGAGCGAUAUAUAAGCUCCUUCGAGGAUUUCUUUACGUUUCUUUACCUUGUCGCUUUUUUUGAACCGUCAGGAUAUUAAAUGUGGUUGUUCUUC